AUGUGCAAAUGCUCGGACAACGAGGCCUCGAAGGUGAACACGUUCGCGCGGACCGAGCCACCGGACACGCAGGUGACGAAAUCUGUGAUAGCCCUGCUGUUGCACUACAAUUGGAACAAGUUCAUCAUUGUGGCGGAGAAGCAGUGGUCUACGGUCGCCAAGUCGCUGCAGAACCAGGCGCCCAAGCACAAUCUCACCAUCAAUCGGUUCAUCAGUCUCGAGGAUCGGCACAUAUGCUGCGAGGAUCGGUUGCCCUGUUGUCAGGGUGGCGCGUGGUUCAGUCUCGUUCAGGACACCAAAAACAUCACGCGCAUUUACAUAUUUCUUGGGACUCCGAUAUCACUGGUAGAGCUCAUGAACGCCAUGCAAAAUCAGAGGCUGUUCGAUAACGGCCAGUACAUGGUCAUAUACAUCGACACGAUGACCUAUACGGCAAAGGAAGCAAUGAAGUACUUAUGGAAGCCCGAGCACUACGACAACUUGCAAAACUGCCAAGACCCGAAGGACUGGAAUUUCCUGAAGCGCGCCCGUUCCCUGAUGGUCGUGGCAUCGACGCCGCCCACGCAAAAUUACGAGGAGUUCACGCGCAAAGUGCGCGAGUACAGCAGCAAGGACCCCUUCAACUUUCCCGUGCCCGAGCGCUUCCUCCUCGACAAGUUCGAAAAGCUUGAACAGCUAUAA